AUGGAGUACGACAGUUCUUAUUACUCUUCAUAUUAUUACUCUUGGAAUAAUUCUUUCGAUUAUGGUGACUACAACUUUAAGUCAUUCCGACAGAAAUAUAUCAUUGUACCGUUUUUCUUCACUAUUAUCUUUCUCGUUGGCGUGGUCGGCAAUUCUCUUGUCUUGUACGUCAUCUUGAAGAACGGCGCCAUGAAGACCGUCACCAAUCUGUUUCUUUUGAACUUAGCCCUGGCGGACCUGGUGUUCCUCGUAUUCAGUGUUCCCUUCUCUGCCUCGCUGUAUCUACACUCUGAGUGGUUAUUCGGAGAUUUCUGUUGCAAAUUAACUAUUUAUCUGACGUACGUGUGUUACGAAGUGAGUGUUAUAACGUUGACUGUGAUGUCUGUCGAUCGUUACUACGCGGUAGUACAUCCAAUGCGGUCCCGUAUUCAUAGAACUCUGCAGCGUACUUUGCUCACAUUGGUGGUCAUAUGGAUCGUGUGUCUGAUCGGAUCUUCUCAUGCCAUCAAGGUUGGUGACAGUGUGAUGAUUCUUCGCUAUGGUACCUAUCAAUACACCUGUUUAGAAUGGUGGUCAGUGGAAGGACGAAAGCAGUUUAUCACUUGUGGAUUUGUCAUAUUCUACUGCUUGCCACUAGUCACAGUGGCAUUCGCGUACGCCUUGAUGGCUAGGCGCUUGUGGGUGUCCGUUUCCCCGACUAUGGGUUCUGAUGACGCACAGUUGAGAACCGUGCAGACGAGAAGGAAAAUUGCCCGUCUAGUACUCGCUGUGGUCGUUGUAUUUGCGUUAUGCUGGUUGCCGUUCCACAUUUUUCAGCUUCUCUCCAUUUGGAUAAACAGCUACAAUAGUAUUUACACAGAUGGCUUCUCGAUUUUCGGACAAUUUGCUAAAGUUCUAGCAUAUUCCAACAGCUGCUUGAACCCGCUUUUGUACUCGUUUCUAAGCGAUAAUUUUCGCAAACACUUCAAGCGGGCGUGUAGCCCAGUGCAUUCGUGUGGUCGAAAGUUUCGUGUGGGUACCCAACCCGGCGGUUCCGAUCCGGAAGCAGCGCUCAUUAACCUUACCAACUACAACGCAAGUCUCCGGCAACCCAUGAACACCAUAUCGCUACGCGUAGUGAAGGACUGUCAGGCACCGAAGCUUAGGAAUUCCAGUUCAAAUUCAAAUGUCGUCACAAACACCACACCUUCUUCGCCGGUUGCGACACUAUAA